AUGGAAGAAAGGUGGAUUGGAUUACUGCUAGCCAUUUCCUCAAGCGUUGCAAUUGGCUUGAGUUUUAUUAUAACCAAGAAAGGUCUACAAGACAGCAACAACAAAUCUAAUAGCCACGUUUCUGCAUCCGAUAAGCUUCUAUACCUCAAGAACCCUAUUUGGUGGGCGGGGAUCAUAACCAUGGUCAUCGGUGAAAUCGCAAACUUCGCUGCGUACACCUUCGCUCCUCCAGUGCUGGUCACUCCUUUGGGUGCCUUGUCUGUCAUAUUCGGUGCUAUCUUGGCUUCGUUUCUCCUCCAUGAAAGGCUGGGCCCUAUUGGUAGAGUUGGUUGCGGUCUCUGUGUCGUUGGAAGUCUCGUCAUCAUCCUCCACGCCCCAGAGGAAAAACAAGUUGAGACAGUCGAUGACAUUCUCAACUACGCGAUUCAGUUGCCAUUCAUCAUUUACUCUGUUAUCGUUGCCGUAUUUUCCGUCAUCAUGAUCUUCAAAGUCGUGCCGAAAUACGGAAAAAAGUCGCCGCUGGUUUAUAUUUCAAUAUGCUCAAUGGUCGGAUCAAUAUCAGUCAUGUCAAUUAAAGGUUUCGGCGUUGCUUUGAAGUUGACAUUGGCAGGGAAUAACCAGCUAACUCACGCUAGCACUUAUCUCUUUGGUUUAGUCGUUGUUCUCUGCAUAUUAGUUCAAAUGAACUACUUUAAUAAGGCACUUGACACUUUCUCAACCAACGUCGUGAACCCUAUUUACUACGUUAUGUUUUCAACUGCAACAAUUCUCGCUUCCUUCAUUUUAUUCCAAGGAUUCUACGAAACUCCAACGAGAGAUAUCGUUUCAAUCGUUGCAGGAUUUUUGACAAUAUUUGCAGGUGUUUAUUUACUUAACAAGUCACGUCAAAUGGAUGAGGCUGCGCUAGUAAAUGAAGAAAAUGUACGCGGAGCAGACCCACGCCAUUCGAUAUCAGGGAGAAUAUCAUCAGCAGGGGCAGGAGGAACGAUGUUAGAUGCGCCUUACCGCGUACAAUCAGACUAUGACCAAUAUGAAUUACCAAAUCAUGAAACUCAAGCCUUGAACUCACUACCGGAGCGAGAAGAGAGCGAUGACGAUGACGGUAUGGAUGAUGUUACACGUAAAUGGGAUAUUGAACAGCCGAAAUACAAUUAA